AUGCUGUUACCGCACCCCGCCGGCUCGAACCUCCCCACAUCCACCACCGAGUCCUCCUACUUUCCGCUAGCACCGUCCAAUACCCAACCGCACCACGAGACGCAGCAGGACUCCCCGUUAGACUCCCAUUCGCAAGCAUUUCCUUCCCUGUUGGAAUCCGCUGCGCACGCCUUAUCCGCUAAGAACCCCGACGCGGAUCUUGCGAACCCCGCGGGGAUAUUCCCGCAGCUCGAUCUAGCCGUCAGUAGAGGCCUCGCGCUGCUUACAGGCGAGGACGAGGGGCUAGAAGUAGGAGAAACGGCCGGCCUUGCGCCUAAGAGAAAGGAGCAGCCGCCAACCGCGGCGGACUCCGAGUGCCCUAAUUUCAGAGCGGGUAGGGUGCCGUGCGAGUGCACGCAGGCCGACGCGCAGCUCGCCGUUAAGCGCCAGCGGUUCCACGGCCGCGGAGGGACGACGAUCCCAGGCGCGCGCGCGUCGUCAGGGCGCAAGGGGGAUAAGGCCGCGCGGAAACGCGGAGCGGAAGCGGAAGCGGCGGGGUCGCAGGCGACCGGGGGGUCGGGUAACCUGCGAUGCCUAGUGGACGGCUGUGAUGUGCUGCUGUCGACCCUGCGCGAGUAUCAUCAACGGCAUCGGGUGUGCGAGGCGCAUGCCAAGGCGGGAUCGGUGGUCCAUGAGGGCAUAGUUCAGCGCUACUGCCAGCAAUGCGGCCGAUUUCAUCCCAUCGGCGAUUUCGACGAGGCUCGUCGCAGCUGCCGUCGCAAGCUGCAGCGACACAAUAACCUGCGAAAACACAAGGCGCUCAAGCCGCCCACCCCCGCCGCUUUCCCCCUCCCGCCGUCCCCGCCCAACACGACCGGGGACGAGGGCGCUUCGCCGGAGAAAAGCAGCAGUGGCGGAAGCGGAGGUGACGGUGUUGGCGGAGAAACCGGCGCAGCGUCGGGGGAGGCGGAGACUAAGCGGAACGUUUCAGGAAGGUGGGCGAGCGACGGGAUUGGCCUUGGCGGAGGAGGUGGAGGAAGCGGAGCGGAUCGGCGGCAAGAAGGGGUAUUUCAGCGAGAAAGGGUGGGGGAUGAGGGGACGGUGGGCGGGGAACGCGGGAAGGCGAUGCGGGUGCUGGAGGGGGAAGAGGUGAAACAGAAGCUGUCUCUGGUGGCGGACGGCGCGGUGUCGCCGCAUGGCGUGGAUGCCGCUAGUAAAGCGCGCGAAACCUAUAACGAACAUGAGGCUCACGGCGUGUCUGCGUCUGCUUCGAUGCAUAGCGACUCUGGGGACAGCAACGGCGUCGGGGGCGCGAGGGGUGCGCUGGGACAGGCGCGAGGGAAGGGGGACGGCGGAGCGCAGGAGGGGGGAGGAAUGGGGCAAUGGCAGCAGGGGGAAGGCGAGUGGCGGAGCGGAGGAAGCGGUGGUGCUGCCGGACGCUUGUGUCACUCCCUCCCUUCUGUUGUUCCCUCUCCUGCUGCUGCCGCUGCUGCUCCCCCCCCUGCUGUUGCUGCUCCUCCUGCUGCUGCUCCCGCUGCUGACCCACCUGGUGCUGUUCUUACUGCGGCUGUUACCCCUGCGCCCACGCUUCCUGCCAACACACCAAUGGCCCGCUUCGCACCGCCUCCCCCUUCUCCCGCGUCUCGCUCCCUCGCCGGACCUCUUUCCUUCGCUCCCUUUCCCCCCUUCCCCAAUCCUCCCCACCAACCUAUCUCCGACUCCGCGUGUCCCACCCGCGCGCCCGCAGCUGCGCCUCCCGGCGCCUUGCGCCAAACCUCCGCAGUUUCCCCCACACGUGCGCCCACGCCCCUGCUGUCGCUCCCAGUUCUGCGGGACCCGGUGUCGGCGGAGGUGGAGGAGGAGGAGGAGGAGGAGGAGGAGGAGGAGGAGGAGGAGGAGGAGGAGGAGGAGGAGGAGGAGGAGGAGGAGGAGGAGGAGGAGGAGGAGGAGGAGGAGGAGGAGGAGGAGGAGGAGGAAGAGCAGGAGAACGAGAAGGAAGGGAAGCAGCUAUUGCAGAGCAGGCAAAGCAGGCAGAGGGUGCUCAGGCAGCGGGCGCGCGGCGCGGAGGGGGAGAGGGAGUGCGGGGGAGACGGGGAAGGCGAGGGGUCGACAGGCGUGGCCGCGGGGCAAGAAGCCGCAGGCGGAAGCUGUGCGGGUAGCGCGCGCGAAAGGCCUGCGGGGAAGCCGCGGAAGGAAGGAAGAGGGUCGGUGGUCGGGGGGAAAGAGCACGGGGGAGCAGGGAGGGAGGGUUUCGCGGGGAUGGGGAGUGGGUCUAUGCAGGGAGUGGUGGGGUUGCCGGUUAGUGCCGCAGGUAUGGGCAUGCCGCAUGGCCAUGGGUACAUGCGCGCACAUGCUGCUCCGGGUCAUGCGCAUGCGCCUGCAUCUGGCAUGGGCAUGGGCUGCUGCAAAUCCGCACGUGACCGCUCUGCUCUCCGCCCCAUGCCCCUGCGCGCCUCCCCCUCCGUCUCUCCGCUCUCCUCUGAUGGGGACGCUGUGGGGAGGACGAAAGAGGGGAGGAGUGCGGAUGAGGCGUCGGGGGAGGAGAGUGAGGGGCGGAAAGAGGGGAGGGGGGAGGGAGGGCAGAGUCCAGGCGAGGAUGGGCGGUUGGCCUCAUGGAUGGAAGCUUGCUUGACUUGCACGGAUGGCAAUGGGCGGAGUGGGGUUGAGAGGGAUUUGAAACUGCUGGGAGGGGUGAUGGCGCACGGAUGCUGCUGUGGUGGGAAAAGUGGUGAGGGGGGGAAGGUGGAGGAGGGAGGGAGCAGAAAAGCAGUGGGAGUGGAUGGUGUGAGGAGAGGUGGUAGAGUUACCGGAUGCCAUGAGGAGGAGUCAUCCCAGCUGAUGCCGCAGCAGCCGCAGCCACAGCAGCAACAACAGAAGCAGCAGCAGCCGGUACAGGUGCGAGAGCAGGAGAUGGAGAACCAGCAGGAGGUCGAGUGUGGAGGGGAGGCGAAGGAGGGGUCAGCGCAAGGCGAGCAGAGAGAGGGGGUGGUGCAGGGCGAGGGGCGCACGGGAGGAGAGAGGGCAGGGGAGGAGCAGCGCACGGGACGCAUCUCCCUGAAGCUCUACGACUGGAACCCAGGGGACUUCCCCCGCCACAUUCGCCACCAGAUCUUGGAGUGGCUAUCGUGCAUGCCGUCGGACCUGGAGGGGUACAUUCGCCCCGGCUGCACGCACCUCACGCUCUUUGCUCGCCUGCCCGCCCACGCGUGGUCUCAGAUGGAGAAGCACCCCUCGCCAUUCCUUCACACGCUGCUCCACCCCUCUCAACCACUCUCGCUCCACUUGUCGCAUUCCUCCACCGCAUCACCGCCCUCCCCCCUCGCGCCGUCCUCGCCUACAUGGUGGGCGGUGGGGUGCAUGGCGGUGCAACUCGGCUCGCACACCGUGCAGCAGCGCCUGCUGGUGGACCAUGGAGUCAUCCGUGCCACCACACAGCUCUACCCCUCACCAUCCGCCCCUCUCCUCCAUCGCCCACGGGGCCUGCUCGCGCUUCCACUCUCCCCCUCGCCCUCCCGCUUGGUCCUGCGAGCAUCAAACCUGCCAGCCUCAGCCAGGGUGCUCUGCUCUCUCGCCGGGCGCUACCUUGUCAACACUGCCACUCACUCGCAUACACAAGCAGCACAAGCCCACCAUGGCGGCAGCUUUAGCCAUGGAGAGGAGAGCGGGAAGAUGCGGGACAAGGGACAGCUGGAGCAAGAGGAGGAGGAGCAAGAGGAGGUUGAGGAGGAGCAAGAGGAGGAGGAUGAGGAGGAUGAGGAGGAAGCAGAAGAGGAGGAAGAGGAGGGAGCAGAGGAGAUCUCUGUUGUUGUUCCCCCUCUGACUGUGUGGGGCACGCUUCGUGUUGAGGUGGAAACGUCAGCUGGGCUGUCUCAGCCGCUGCCCCUGCUCGUGGCCCCUGCACCCAUCUGCACCGAACUGCACUCUCUUCUCUCGCCCUCCGCCUCUCCUCCCUCCCUCCUCACCAUUCUUCCCCGUGCAUCCCCUCCCUUGUCCACGCCUCCACUUGCACCGCAACCACUGCAAUCAUCAUUAUCAUCAGCAGCAGCAGUGUUCACUGACAUGCGUGUGGCCAGUGCAAGGGAGAGCAGCCAUGCAGGGGAGGGGAAUGUGGAGGAAGGUGAUGAGGUGAUGAGGGAUGGGGCCAGUGAGAUGGAUGAGGGGGAGCAGCAGGAGGAGGAGGAAGAGGAGCAGGAGCGGCAAAAGCAGGAGCAGGAGGAGGAGGUGGUGGUGAGUGAGUGGGUGGAGGACAUGGGAUGGGUGCUGCGCAAGCUCACCCUGCCCUUGCCUCAAGCAUCCGCAGCCGUGAUGAAUGUCCAGUGUGAGGUGACUCGCAUGCACCGCCUGCUCUCCCAUGCAGUCACACACGGGCUGCUCGCCACCUCCUCCGCUCUGCUGCACUGGACUGCCCGUCUCGCCAUCAUUGCCGCUGCCCAUGCCACUUCGCCGCCCUCCUCUGCGCCCCCUGCUGCUGCUGCUGCUGCUGCUGCUAGCACUGCCGCCGCCACAGCUUCAGAUGCUACUGUUGCUGCAGGUGCAAUUGGUGCUGCAGGUGCGGCAGGUUCUUCUGGUGCUGUUGGUGCUGGAGUGUCUCCUGCGUGCGCGCGCAGGGAGGCAAUGGAGGGGGUUGUGAGGGCGGCGGGGUGGGAGGCAGCGAGUGGGUGGUCUCUGCUGCACGCGGCAGUGGCGCUGGGGAAUGAACCGCUGGUGGCCCUGCUGCUGCGAUUCGGCCGGGGAGACAUGGGCCGCGGCGAGCACAGAAUCACCAGCAGCCGCAGCAGCAGCAUUGAUGGCAUCUGGAACAGCGCGCUGGCAGCAGGGCCAGGAGGAGUUACUGCCCUGCACGUGGCUGCCCGCCUGGCGGCGCUGCCCCCGGCUAACUCGUGUGGGUGCGGGCAGCUGAGACUCAGCGACGCACAGAGGGCUGCAGCAGCCCGCAUUGCAGCUCUGCUGCAGGCGUACCUUUACCCCCAUGAGGCUGUCUGGUGGACCACAAACGCAUCAAUCAUCACGCAGCAACCAGCAGCACCAUCCUCAUCACACAUCGAAACACCCUCCCGAUGUGGCUGUGCAUGUGCUUCCACUCUCCUCCCACACACAUCCCCAUCCCCAUCGCCAACCCCAUCCACCUCCUCCUCCUCACUCCCUCACCUCUCCUCCAACCAAGCAUGCUGCUGCUCGUCAACUCCCCUCACCCCGCCUCGUCUCGCCUCUUCCUGCUGCGCUCCUCCUGGGAAAGCCGCUGCAUCGCAUCUCCCCUUCUCGCAGCCCCCAUCUCAUCUCUCUCCCACAGCAUUGCACAGUCCGCAAGCAGCCACGCCAGCAAAAGAGUCAUCGGCACAGCACAUGGAAGAGCCCGUGGUAGCAGCAGGCUCCAUAUGUAUGGUUCAGCACACAGCAGAGCAAGCUGCACCGAAGCUCCUGUCUGCUCUGCCUCCUAGGGGUUGCUGUGGGCCGGCUAGAGGCCUGGCAGCAGCUGGAGAGAGAGGCAGUGAGGGUAUUCCCCGGGAAGGAACUGUCAAGCCGUGCUGCAGCAAAGGCCGCAGCAUCAGCGGUCGCGGUUUCAGUGGGGGUGGAAAAGCUGGUAGUAGCGCCGCAGUGUGUAACGCACACUUGCAGGUAGCUUACUCGUCCGCACAACCUGCUGUUUUGGAGGGUGCUGGUAGGAACAAAACGUUGGAGAAGUGUUCAGCAGAAGAGCAAGCGGGCAAAACGGCUGAGUUGCUCGCGGAGAGAAUCGGGCACAGGUGGGACGAAACGAUGCAGAAAUGUGCAUCAGAAGGAACGGAGACGGGAUCAGGGGAGGAAGCAGGGAAUGCGGACUCAUCUCAAGUGGCCACAGCACAAUUAGUACAGGGCACCUGUGCGGAAGCAGUGGCAAGUGCAGAGUGGGCAGAGAGGGCGUGCAAGAGGCAGAGGACAGAGAGGGCGACAGGGCGGUGGGGUUUCCGGGGAGUGAGCAGGACACUGCUGCCUGUGUUGGCGGUGGGUCUGGUGACGUGUGUCUCUCUCACCUUCUGCCAGGCACACUCGUUACCCUCCACUGCUGCUGUUGCUACGCACACUGCUGGAGCAGCACUUACGCCUGUACGUCAUCCUGGCUCUGCGUCUGCGCUUGUCAUGAGCUUUGUUUGUGCCUUGAGUUGGCGGCACCCCUGUGUUUCUGUUAUAAUGGCUGUGCUCCUCUUGCUCGUCUCCCUUUCAUAG